AUGCAACCACAACGAAUUAUCACUGAACCAAAUUGAGAAGAUUGCAGAAUAUUUCGAACGCAAUCACCAAUCCAACCGACUCUCCACACGCCAUUACAAAAUUUUUCCACUUCCUUCCUCCUCGUGUCUCCUUCUCACAUCCUCCACGUCUUGCAAUGGCCGCUCUACAAUAUCCCCCGCCGUACCGACUGCAGUAUUAUCAGCCCACCCCUCUGCCCAAUCUUCACUGCUUUCAAACCCCAUUUGCGCCAAUUUCCCAUUUCUUGCGGAAAAUUUGAGAGUUUAAUCGGCUAUGAAGCUGUAUGUGUAUGUACUGGAGGCUAAGGAGUUGCAUGUGAAGGACUCGUUCGCGAAGCUUCGGGUCGGGAGGCGUAAGGCCAAGACGCGGAUUAUCAGAAAUAGUUCCAAUCCUGUUUGGAAUGAGGAGUUCGUUUUCAAGUUCCGUGAUGUCCAUGAGGAACUAAUCGUUUCUGUUUAUGAGCACAGUGAUGAAUCCACCUUCUUCCAUGGCGAAUCGGGUUUGAUUGGUCGGUUUCGGAUUCCGAUAUGGUCCGUUGCUGCUGAGGAUUCACAUACCUUGCCGCCCACUUGGUUUGACGUGCGAAGGUCUAAAACCGAGAAAUUCGUCAGUGAAGUCGCCGGGAAAGUGCUUCUAAUUGUCUCGUUACUUGGAAAGGGCAGUUCACUUAACCAAUCAAGUGUUGCUAAUUCUAAACAAUUGGAAGACUCGUUUGUAACUUCACAAGAUUUGAUUGGCGCCAAAUCUUCAUGCAGCAAGCGUGUCAAAGGGAAACGUAACAAGAAGUCUAUUGUGGGCCGUUUGGAGAGGCUGUUCCAUAAGAGUGACGAGGAUACAAGAACAGAUAGUUCUUGGGAGCUAUCAAGUGUCGUGUCUGACAAUGAAGAGUGCAUAGAUGGGCACCCUUCCGAAUGUAGCUUUGACGAAGCUAUGACAGCACUGCAGUCCAGGAGCAACGAACAGGAAAUGCCUGAGAAUCUAUCGGGCGGCAUUCUUAUCGAUCAGAUUUAUGUAGUUUUGCCUGGUGAUUUGAACAAAGUUCUAUUUUCCCCGGGUUCAGACUUCAAGAGGGAACUAGCAGAGCAUCAGGGAACAACAAAUUUAGAAGAAGGAAAUUGGUCUUGGAAGCCAGGGGAUGUGUCUUGUCUAUCACGGAUUAUUUCUUACAGAAAAUCUGCAACAAAGGUUGUCGGAGCUAUUAAAGCCACGGAGGAGCAGACCUAUAUAAAAGGGGAUGGAUGGGAAUUUUCUGUCUUGGUAAAUGUAAGUACACCUGAAGUUCCCUUUGGUAAUGCAUUCAACGUUGAGUUGCUUUACAAGAUAAUGCCUGGCCCCGAGCUAAUUUCUGGAGAGGAGACUUCUCAUCUCGUAGUCUCCUGGGGUAUAAACUUCCUCCAUAGUACUAUGAUGAAAGGCAUGAUCGAAAGAGGAGCUCGACAGGGACUGGAGGAGAGUUCCGCCCACUUAACUAAUUUGCUGGCACAGCAUUUUAAAAUACCGAAUUCUACAGAGUUAUCAAACAAGGAUGAUCAUGCGUUAUCAACUUCUGAAAGCGACCACCAAUCAGAUUUUGAAUUGGCCUGCCAUUACUUCUGGAACUUCACUGUAAUUUCAACCAUUUUCAUGCUGCUGUACUUAUUGGUGCACAUUAUAUUUUCUAAGCCCAAAACAAUCCAAGGCUUGGAAUUCGCUGGAUUGGAUUUGCCAGAUAGUUUAGGAGAACUCGUUGCUGGUGGAAUCUUAGUCCUUCAGCUGGAACGUGUUUAUAACAUGGUCUCACAUUUCAUUCAAGCUAGGUUAAGAAGAGGAAAUGACCAUGGGGUCAAAGGCCAAGGAGAGGGGUGGAUCCUAACUAUAGCUCUAAUAGAAGGUGUCAACAUUUCAUCUUUGGGUUCUUCUGGAUCCUCAGACCCUUGCGUGGUUUUUACAUGCAAUGGUAAAAAAAGAACAAGCUCCGUCGAGCUGCAAACUCAUGAGCCUCAAUGGAAUGAGAUACUUGAGUUUGAUGCUAUGAAGGAACCACCAUCAGUAUUAUAUGUGGAGGUUUUUGACUUUGAUGGUCCAUUUGACCAGGCUACCUCGCUUGGGCAUGCAGAGAUUAAUUUCCUAAAAUAUAAAUCAACCGAACUUGCAGAUAUAUGGGUUCCCCUCGAGGGGAAGCUGGCUCAGUCUUCUCAGUCAAAGUUACACUUGAGAAUCUUUUUGGACAAAACCGAUGGAGUUGAAACAAUUAGACAGUACUUGUCUAAGAAGGGAAAGGAGGUUGGGAAGAAGCUGCAUCCCAGAUCACCUUACAGGAAUUCAACAUUUCAAAAACUUUUCGGCUUGCCAGCGGAAGAAUUUCUUGUCAGCGACUUCACAUGCUCCUUGAAAAGAAAAAUGCUUCUCCAGGGGAGACUAUUUCUAUCUGCCAGAAUUAUUGGGUUUUAUGCCAAUUUCUUUGGACAGAAAACAAAAUUUUUCUUUCUCUGGGAGGACAUUGAAGACAUUCAAGUACUUCACCCCUCCUUAUCCUCUUUGGGUAGCCCAUCAUUAGUAAUAAUUCUUAAAAAAGGCCGAGGUCUUGAAGCGAGUCAUGGUGCAAAGUCUGAAGAUGAACAGGGCAGGCUCAUAUUUUACCUGCAGUCAUUUGUUUCGUUCAAUGUAGCCAGCAGGACAAUUAUGGGAAUGUGGAGAACAAGAACAUCAACCCUCGAUCAGAAGGCACAGGUUGCUGAACCGCAGAAAGAUUCCGAAGAAAGGUCAGUUUUGGUGGAGGAUGUGGAAUAUUUUUUGGAUAUAGAAGAUACAAAGAUGUCAAAGUUAUACGUUGCAGAACUUCCUCUAAAUAUAAAAUCACUGAUGGACUUUUUUGAGGGGGGCGAGCUAGAGCACAGAGUGAUGGAAAAAUCUGGCUGCCUAAACUACUCAACUACACCGUGGGAAUUCGUGAGACCUGAUAUCUUUCAAAGAUGCAUUUCUUACCAAUUCAAUCACAGCAUCUCAAUCUUUGAAGGUAGAGUCACAUGUAUUCAGCAAAAACAUCCCAUGGCAGCAGGCAGUGUUGAAGAAGAAUGGGUACUAAACGAGGUCAUGAGCUUGCACGACGUCCCGUUUGGCGAUCAUUUUCGUAUUCAUUUUAGGUAUUGUUUCGAGGAUUCUGUGCUGGCUAAAGAUGCUUGCAAGUGCAAGGCUUUCUAUGGAAUCACAUGGCUUAAAAACGUCAAUAUUCAGCAGAAGAUCGCUCGGAACAUAGCUGAGGAGUUUGAACAUCGACUUAAAGUCAUGUUCGAAAUGGUUGAGAGGGAGAUUCUUCUUGCAACUCAACAACAAAAUUCCAUUUCUUAACUCGGCCUUUUUUUAUUUUUUUCAUUUUAUUUUCAUUGUAAUAUUACAACGUGAUGACUGAGGAAUAGGUAGUGGAUUUGAGUUGAUGGCGUGAAUGUAUGUUUUCAUAAAGGAGUUGUUUUUAGGUUUUUUUUUAAGGUUAAAUUACACAUUUAAUACAUUCUGUCUAUUCAUAAGCUAUAUGGAAUUAGGAGUGUAGAUGGAAUUGGGAGUGUAUUUUUCCUACAUGGAUGGGUCCUAAUUUGUAAGCUAUAUGAUAAUUAGGGGUGUAUUUUUUGUGCAA